AUGUCUAAAAAAUACGUUGACGAUGAGCAGGUCAUAGAGUCGCACGAGCCAUGGGAAGGAGAAGGAGAUGGAGAAAGAGAAGGAGACUUUAAAGAUGAAAAGACCCAACUAAAUGCAUUGAAUAUUAGUGAAAAUUCGUCAAUCAUUGAAGACGAGCAGCUGGACGGGACACAGGAUGCAAAGGUUACCAAUUUUGUUGACAGGAUUGGACUUUUGAUGAAUGCAGAGAUUCGUGGUAUUGAAAAAGUAGAGCCCGAGGAUAAAGACGACAAUAAUUUGUUGAAUGCAUUUACAAUCUUCUUUACUCCACAAAUGGCGGUAUCUGCCUUGAGUACUGGUUCAGUGGGGAUUGUUAUGGGGUUGAGUUUUAGCACAACAGUCGUCAUAAUAGUUUUAUUUUCUAUAAUUGGUAGUAUACCGGUGGGGUUAUUUUGCUUGUUUGGCAUGAAGUUUGGGCUUCGACAACAAAUAGUGUCACGGUAUCUCACUGGUAAUAUUAUGGGUCGUGUUUUUGCAUUUUUUAAUGUCAUAUCGUGCAUAGGAUGGAAUGCGAUAAAUGUUAUUCCGUGUGCCCAAUUGCUCAACUCGGUGAAUCAUAACUUUAAGCCUUGGAUAGGGUGCUUGAUACUUGUACUUUGUGUUUGUGUUUUAUCGGUGUUUGGAUACAAAAUUGUGCAUCUUUACGAGCGGUAUGCUUGGAUACCUACAUUUGUGGUGUAUUUGGUCAUUAUUGGUAAAUUUGCUAGUGAAAGGGCGUUUGACUGGGGACACGAUGAAGGUUCGAGUGCUACAAAGGCGGGGAAUGUGUUGAGUUAUAUUGUGGUGAUGUUUGGAUUCACUGCUGGUUGGUCACCGAGUGCAAGCGAUUACCUUGUUUAUUUCAACCCCAAUAGGAAAUCGUGGAAAGUGUCUUUGGCAAUGAUAUCUGGGUUGAGUAUACCUGCGAUAGGCUCGUGUAUCUUGGGAGCUGCGAUCACCACGAGUAUAAACAAGCCCGGCCGUUUUCAAGAUGCGUAUAAUGAAAACUCGUUUGGUGGGUUGAUUUAUGAGAUUCUUUGUGGAAACAAUCAUAACCAGGGUUAUAGAUUUCUCGUGGUGAUUUUGGCAUUAUCGGCAGUGCAAAACAAUUUGAGUGGCGGUUAUUCGCUUUCCCUUGCAAUCCAGUGUAUAUGGUCCAAGUUUGCCAAGGUGCCACGUAUUGCAUGGUGUAUUGCUGGUAACUUGAUCUCUCUUGCAUUUGCCAUCCCAGCAUAUUAUGUGUUUGAGUCUGCAAUGUCCAAUUUCCUCUCCAUUAUCGGAUACAAUGUCUCUAUAUACAUUGGGCUUUCUCUUGCCGAGCACUUUGUAUAUAGACGAGGCUUCAAAGGGUAUGAUGUAUCCAACUUUAACGAUAGAAGCACCCUUCCAGUGGGAAUCGCAGGAGUUGUGGGUUUUGCUUUUGGAAUAUGUUCAACAGUAUUGUCAAUGGACCAAACAUGGUACCAGGGAGUAAUUGCGAGAAGUAUUGGGGCAGAUGGCGGCGAUAUCUCAUUCGAAUUGAAUAUCGUAUUUGCAUUUAUAGGGUACAAUCUAGUGAGGCCAUUUGAAAAGAAAUAUACUGGUAGAUGA